GUCUGUGACUUUUACUAAAAAUAACCAUGACAAAAGCUUAGCCUUACUUAUUACCUCUCGCUUCUGGUUUCCCUUCUGUGGUCUCUGAUUUUACAUUUGAAGAAGUCUGUAUGCAUUUUGCUCACCUCAUUGUGGUGAAGUAUUUGUUGGUGAGAAGGUUCGGUGUAUCUGUCCUUAGUGAUUGCUAUACUGUAAAGUUUUUUUUAAAGUGAUUUACAUUAUUAUUUGGGCUUAGGUGAAAUUGAUUAUUUAAUUGUUCUGGAGGUUAGAUCUUUUGUUGAGAUUUGGCUGUGCUGCUGUACCUGCAGUCGUUGUCAGGUUUCUGUUUUUUCUUCUCUAGUGCUUUGUAAUGGGCAAAAAUUUUGUGGCCUUGGUUGAGGUGUACCCAGAACUUGUCUUUAUUGUGUGUUGAUUAACAAAAGGUAUCUCUAGUUCUGUCCUUCAGCUGUCUGUUCCUGUGGAUGCAUAAUAUUUAUUUGCAGAACUGUAAGGUUUCUGUUGUGGUUUUGUCCUCUUCAAUGAAAGUUGCAGAUACAGAUGGGCCCCGGAAUUCACUUCUCUAUAGUAAAAUGUUUUGGAUUAUGUUAUCAAAUACUUUUAACAAGACUCUAAGUGUAUGUAUGUGUGGGUGGGUGGGUGAGUAUUCUAUAGCUUGCAGUCUCUAUCAAAAUUUGCUAGCGGUUUUGAAAGGGAAGCACACUCCCAUUUCCCUUCUCCCUUUCUCUUUCCUCCCACCUCAUUGCAAAAUGGAGAGUGGUUAUAUAUCCCCUCUCAUAUGGAGCUGUUUUGUUUGGCUGUCUCUUGUAGGUAAAGUUCUAGGGUCUGAAGAACUCGUUUAGUGUUGAUUCUGCAGGAUCCUGACUCUGGUCCAGUCCCUCAUAUAAGAGAAUACCAUACUUCCUGAUCGUGGCCAUUGCCUGACAAAUGCAUGGAACUUCACUGGGGCUGCCUGCAGAGAGUGAUGACUAGUGGGUUGGCACAUUCCCUUUUCUGGCCAUAGGUCUUUUCCGAAACUUCUUAGUGCCAGGCCACAAACUGGCUCAUAUGUCCCUGAUGCCUUGUGAAAGGAACAGGGAAUUAAGGCUUGCUGUGGUGUCUCUUCUUCAUGCACAUCCUGGGAUUGCUGUGAGCUUGGAGGCGGAGCUAAUGGUGCCUUUCAGAUGCAACCUAAUUCUACCUGAUUUGAUCGUGAAGCAUGAUGAAGACAAGCAUCAGCACAGGCAGAAUUACAGCUGAGCCACUUCCCCCCCAAAGUACUUUCCUCAGCAGAAGUGUAAUUGAGGGCUAGUGGUGUGGAAGAGAAUCAAAGACUGGAAGGAUAUUGGGCUUGGCAGGGAGGCUAGCAAGCAACUGGCGGCUGCAGAGUGCAGAUAUCCUCUUCCCAGAGUUGGGGGAUAAGUUGCUGUACUUGAGUCCCUUUCCUCCAGUUGUGAAUCUAAGAUGUGAGUUCCAGGAUCCUCUUUUUCCACAAUGCUCUGCUGCUUGGUCCCUUCCUGCUGACCCUUGCCCCACCUCUGGUGCCAAGAGGAAGGAUGUGGAGGAAUGAGUGCCCCCCUGUUGGCUUUUAGAACAUGGGCACUUUUGUAAAGAUGCAGCUGUGAUCCUCAGCUGUGUGUCUCACCGAAGGGACCCGAUGUUUUACAUUAUUGGUGGGAUCACAGUAUCUGUUGUAGCCUUCUUCUUCACCAUUAAGUUCCUCUUUGAGCUUGCCGCACGUGUAGUCAGCUUCCUCCAGCAUGAGGACCGGGAGCGCCGAGGGGAGCGAACUAUUUAUGACUACGUGCGAGGCAACUAUUUGGACCCGCGCUCCUGCAAAGUCUCCUGGGAUUGGAAGGACCCCUAUGAGGUGGGCCACAGCAUGGCCUUCCGAGUGCAUUUAUUCUAUAAGAAUGGGCAGCCCUUCCCCGCUCAUCGGCCUGUGGGGCUGCGAGUUCAAAUCUGCCAUGUGGAGCUAGCAAUGGAUAUUCCUGUGACCCAGGAAGUCCUUCAGGAGCCCAAUUCCAAUGUGGUGAAAGUGGCCUUCACUGUGCGCAGGGCUGGGCGAUAUGAGAUUACCAUAAAGCUCGGCGGCUUGAAUGUGGCCUACAGCCCCUACUACAAAGUGUUUCAGCCAGGGAUGGUGGUUCCCUCCAAGACCAAAAUUGUCUGUCACUUCUCCACUCUGGUGCUGACGUGCAGGCAGCAGCACACCUUGCAGAUUGUUCCCAGAGAUGAGUAUGAUAAUCCCACCAGCAAUUCUGUAUCCCUGAUAGAUGAGCACAACUACAGCCUUUCCAUCCACGAGCUGGGUCCCCAAGAGGAAGAGAUCUCUGGCGUUUUGUUUGAGAAGUCAGUGGUGUCCAAUCGGCAGACUUGCCAAGUGUUCUUGCGACUCACCCUGCACCGUAGAGGCUGUUUCCAUGCUUGCAUCUCCUACCAAACCCAGCCUAUUAGCAAUGGCGAUUUUGACAUUAUUGUCCUAAGUGAAAAUGAAAUGAACAUUGUAGAGCGCAAUGUGUCCACAUCAGGGGUCAGUAUCUACUUUGAGGCCUAUCUUUACAACUCUACUAGCUAUGCCAACACACAGUGGCACCUCCCGCCCACGCAUCUGACCUCCUCCCAGCGCCGUCCUUCUACUGCAACUGAGGAUGAGGAUGAAGACUCUCCAUCUGACAGCCAGACUCCUGAGAAAGUGAAGAAACCUAAAAAAGUGUAUUGCUACGUGUCACCCAAGCAAUUCUCAGUGAAGGAAUUCUACUUGAAGAUCAUUCCUUGGCGCCUCUUCACCUUCAGAGUGUGUCCUGGCACCAAGUUUUCUUACCAUGGGCCUGAUCCUGUGCACAAGCUGCUGACACUGGUGGUAGAUGAUGGGAUCCAGCCCCCUGUGGAGCUCAGCUGCAAGGAGAGGAACAUCUUGGCAGCCACUUUCAUUCGUUCUCUGCAUAAAAACAUAGGAGGCUCAGAGACCUUUCAGGACAAAGUGAACUUCUUCCAACGGGAGCUGCGUCAAGUGCAUAUGAAGAGACCUCACUCGAAGGUUACACUGAAGGUCAGCCGCCACGGCCUGCUGGAAUCUUCUCUGAAAGCAACACGGAAUUUUUCCAUUUCCGAUUGGAGCAAAAACUUUGAAGUGAUUUUCCAGGAUGAGGAAGCUCUGGACUGGGGAGGGCCCCGCAGAGAGUGGUUUGAGCUGAUCUGUAAGGCUUUAUUUGACACCACCAAUCAACUCUUUACCCGCUUCAGUGACAACAACCAGGCACUGGUGCAUCCCAACCCUGGCCGGCCCCCACAUUUACGGCUGAAGGUGUAUGAGUUUGCAGGCCGCCUGGUAGGGAAGUGUCUCUAUGAGUCAUCUCUGGGAGGAGCUUACAAGCAGCUGGUGCGAGCUCGUUUCACCAGAUCCUUUCUGGCUCAGAUCAUAGGACUGCGAAUGCAUUACAAGUAUUUUGAAACAGAUGACCCAGAAUUCUAUAAAUCCAAGGUUUGUUUCAUAUUGAACAAUGAUGUGAGUGAGAUGGAGCUCGUCUUCGCUGAGGAGAAAUACAACAAAUUGGGGCAGCUGGAGAAGGUGGUUGAGCUGGUAACUGGAGGGGCUCAGGUCCUAGUAACCAAUGAAAAUAAAAUCUUCUACCUGAAUCUGCUUGCCCAAUACAGACUGGCCAAUCAGGUUAGAGAAGAGGUGGAUCACUUCCUGAAAGGUCUCAAUGAGCUGGUUCCUGAAAACCUCCUAGCUAUUUUUGAUGAGAAUGAGCUUGAGCUGCUGAUGUGUGGUACUGGAGACAUCAGUGUCUGUGAUUUUAAGGCUCAUGCUGUGCUGGUGGGAGGAUCCUGGCACUUCCGAGAAAAGGUCAUGAGGUGGUUUUGGACCGUGGUUUCCAGUUUCACGCAGGAGGAACUGGCCCGGCUGUUGCAGUUCACAACUGGUUCCUCUCAGCUGCCUCCGGGAGGGUUUGCUGCACUCUGUCCAUCUUUCCAGAUCAUCGCAGCUCCAACCCAUAGUACUUUGCCGACAGCCCACACCUGUUUUAACCAGCUGUGCCUCCCUACUUAUGACUCCUAUGAAGAAGUGCACAAGAUGCUGCAGCUGGCCAUCAGCGAAGGAUGUGAGGGCUUUGGCAUGCUGUGAUUCCCUUCCCCAUCCCAGCUUCCUGGCUCUUCAGGGCAAGGCGUAGCUCCAGUCCACUGCUCAUUCUUCCCUUCACAGAGCAAUGGAGAUAGAGCACAGACUCUGUGCAAAGAGGAAUGUCAUGUGGUCUUUCCGUGUCAAGAGUACAUCACCAAGAGCAUGCCUCAUGCCAUCCUCUCACUCCCAUCUCAGUUCAGAGUGGUACGGCAAAAGAACUGUGGUACUUUUGUCAGGGUAGUAUGGCACUGGGAUUUCCCAGGACUCGGUGCAUCUGUCCCUCUGGGAGGAGAGAGAGCCUGUGAGCAGGAGUUGGUGUGGCACAGGAGGAGGUCUAUGUAGCAGCCAGUACUGUAGCUGUUUUGGGCAAGGACCAGCUUGAAGCUCUGUUGGAGAUCUGGCAUGUGGGAAGCCGUAACACCUUUCCAUGCUUUGGCCCAAGUCCUUCUGCUGAUGCUCCCCUAUAGCUUAUGUAACUCCCCCUGUAUUGCAUGUCUCUGAAGGGCACAGGCUUGUUUUCCCAUUCAGUACCUGACCCAUUAGGGCUUCCAGUUCUCUUCCUUUCACUUGCACUGGAAGCUGCUGUUUCUUGCCCUUGCUGGAGAGGAGGGAGAGCAGCAUCUGCUAGAGAGAGCAACCCAAAGGAACACACUCUUGUUAGAGCACAAGGACCGGCCCUGGCAGUGACACUGUACUACUUCCGCCAAGGGCUGGCAGAAGGAGCAUCCUUCUGUACUGACAGUGGCUGGUACAGGCCUCUGCUACUAAGCUGGAAGAGGAGAUUCUCCUCCAGUGAAUGUUUCUGAUAGUGGUCCUAAAGUUGCACAGGAAGCUGUCCCACACCCCUUGCCUUCCUUUCCCUUCCUCAGGAGAGGGGAUGGGUAUGAGUGUGUGAGCCCUCAACGCUGAGCACAAAUGCUUCUCCAACAUUCACCUUCAUGGCAUGUAUGUAGUAAGUGAUAGGCCAGCUGGCCAGCAGGCAGCUACUACAGUGUGCAUUGGGCUUCUGUUUGUACAGAAUUACAGUUGGGGUGAUGGUAUUGGACAGAACCCAGUACCUCAGCCCCUGACAUUCCACAGGGUCUUGGCUUCUACCUCUAUCACAUGGCAGCAGGAGGUACUGCCUGAAGUAUGCUGGAAGAGGAGGAGAGUGUUUCCCAAAGGGGUGUUGGUGCUUGGAGAGCAGCUGGCCUUCUCUCUUCCCAAUCCUCUGCUGUUCUCUUCCUGAAAACUGUUCCUUGCUGUUUCUUCUAGUGUUGCAGGCUUUCCAGUACACAGGGUACUAAACUGGAUCAUCUCCCAAACAGACACUGAGUAGCCCACGAGGUGGCAUGUUGCACUAACCAUUGUCCAGAUUACAGUUUGGGAGACAGUAUGAGCAGCAAAUUUAUAACUACCAGGUUCUGUUACCUCUGACUGUCUGCUCAGCUCCUCCCAUCCCAGCGAAGUAAAGGGGUGAGGAGUCAAGGAUCCAAGCUGGCAAACUUUCCAGUUUCAACAGUGAGGCCAAAAUCUGAACAGAUCAUUGCACUCCCAAUUUGCCCCUAAAGUGCAUCUCUUCAGAUCAAGAGUGGACGCACAUUGGUGAGUGGUUGGUGUGUGAGAAGAACCUGUGCUGAAUGCAGUCACUGGAACGAGGAAGAUUCAGGAUCCUGGGUUGGGAUUUCAAUCUAGCAUCUCUCCUAAGAGCUAAUUUUAGAAAAAUAGAUAAAAUAAAAAAUGGUGCCAUCACCCUCAGUCCCUUCAUUCUGCUGUAGCUGUAGCUGCCCUGAACUGGGCAGGACUUGUGAGGUAUGGCUUUUAAGAUGGCUCUUCACUUUUCCAAUACAACUUACUAAAUAAAUUAGGAAUCUUGGGAAACAUUAUAGAAAAAUGUCUUUUUUAUCAAAGCAGUGUCUUAAUCGUUCUUAGGGAGAGUUUGCAUCACAUCUCUACAGAAAUAUAAGCCAUUGUGAUGCCCAAACCAGCUGGAACACCAAGCAUUGUCAUGGCUCAUCGGGAUUUCUCAGUCUUGUGGAUUAAUUCCCUCUUGGGCACUGAAGUGCUGGGAGACAGCCUGCUAAAUAGCUGGUGCAGCUCCUCCCUGACUGAUCACUUUAGCAGUGGCUACUUUGUCCCUUUUUUAAAACAGGCUCCCUUUUUGUAAGGUUCUGACCCCCUCUGGGGUUCCAACUUAUUUGCACUCGGGAUGGCUUCUAUGGUCAGUGCAGUUGGGGCUCUUGUAUGUUCACCCAUUCACUGCUGUCCCUAGGGACCAAAAGAAGGUGGCAGUGUUGCUCCGCCCAACUCCUGUUGGUUGGGGAGGUGCAGCGUGGUGCUGUUCCCUCAUUGCAGUCUUAUGUCUUGUUCUUUGGCCUGGCAAGGGCCUUUCGAACCUUGUGGUUAUAGGCUGAUUCUGCCGAUGACAUCUUCCUCAGGAAUCCUCUCCCUCCUUCUCUAGAGCUGGACUGUUUCCACAUUGAGGAACUGAGUGGCUGAACACCGAGUAGCUUCAUCUGCUUGAAACAGCUCCCUAAUCCUCACUGCGGUACAGCCAGCGCCCCUCGCCUCUCUGCAGUUAUACAGAUGCCAAGGAUUUUCUUUCAACACAAGUGCAGUCAGAACUGUGGUGGAUGCUGUUAGUUCUUAUUUGAUAACCUUUCUUUAUUGUUUCCAUAAGCUGUUAGCUGGUCCCAUUUCCCCUAGGGCUCCACCACUUCAGUGGUAGAGCAUCUUUGUCCUUAAAUCUCUUCCUUCCUCCUCCCAACACACCCACCUUAUAUGCUGCCCUUACAAUAACACCAGUCUGGGGGCAAGGUACGGAAUGCACUGUGGUCACCUGUACUGUAUUUUUUUCUGCUGCAGAGGCUCCUUAUUUUAGUUGGUCCCUUAAAUAUUCCCACCUAAUUGAGGCGCUUCAGUAGAAAGUUUUUGGUGCAUGGUACUAUCUCAGACAGAUUCCUCACUCUGGAGCUGCCGUGGACCUCACAGGGCCUGGCCUCUGCCUGUAUCUGAGAGUCAUGUUGCAUGUUUUAGAAACCAGGGACUAAGAGAGAGAGGCCAGGCCCCAGUUCUAGCUGGCAAGUUCCAAGUGGAGUUCAGCAGGUUCUGGAAGCCCAUGGAUUUUGUAAAUAGUUUGUAUAAUAAAUAAAAUAUUUUAAAAAUGC